CCCCCAGGGAAUCAGCUGUGGUCCGUCCUGCUGAAGAACAUUGAGUCCCAGGCGGUUUUACUCCCAGACCUGCAGGGCGACUCCGUCCCAGAUCUGCUCAUCGCCACCCUGCCUGCAGACGAGGCUCUGGACCUGUCCCUGACGCUGAUCUCCGGGCUGUCGGGGGCCACGCUGGGACAUCCCGUGCCUUUCAAUGUCACCGGACAAGGGAAGCUGAUUGGUCCUCUGCUGCAUGAGACCCAACAGGGGGCUUACUACAUCCUCUUUGGACUAGGUAAUGUGGAGGCCAUCUCUCUGCGUGAUAUCUAUUUUAAAGCUACUGGGAAGAUGCCUCUGACUCAGGCUCUCAGCAGGAGGGAUCCAGGGUGGGAGGCUCUGAAGAAAACCAACUCCUCGUCCUUCAUACACAUUUACAGAGGAUCUGAGCCGGUGGAGUUCUUGCUCCCUCUGGUGGCCGGUUUUGGAAACAGCCACAACAGCCUGGACCCGGUGUCCAACCUGAACUCCAGCCGGAGCGACUGGGCGCUGGUGUCCGGCAAACUGUCCGGCAAACUGUCCGGCAAACUGUCCAGCAAACUGUCCGUGCUCCGGCAGAAGGACAUCAAGAAAGAGUGGACCUUCAACUCGGAUCCCAUUCACAGCCAACCCGCCCCGGGAUACUUCAACAGCGAUGGAGUCCUGGAUCUUUUCAUCACGCAUGCAACAAAUGGCACCAUGACGGCGCUGGUUGUUGACGGGGCCAACGGGCGUCUCCUCUGGUCGGCAGAGUUCGUCUGUCCUCGUCUAGUUUUGGAAACUUCUGCAAUCUCCACCUCAACCGGCCAAUCAGCUUUCCUCUUCUGGGCCAGCGAUCCAAUCAAAGCUCUGAAAAAUGGGACCAGGACAACCGUGAGUCUGCCAGACAAUGCUAACUUAUUUCUGGGUUAAGGACUCAUUCCUGCACCAUAUGUUGUUUAUUUAGUUCAACCCAAUAAUGAAACACUCACUGUC